CGCCGCCGCGAGAGCAUGGUGUAGGACUACGUUCCGGCCGGACUUGGGUUCCGUGACUAUUAUUCCGGUUGUUUGCAGACGCGUCGAGGCAAUCUGUGGCGCUGUGCUUUCGGUUAUGGUGUGAAUAGGAAGUCUGUGCUUGAGUCCGAUGAAAUCUGUGGCUGUUUAUUAAACGAGAUUGGAUAUUUAUUGAAAGAGAACCGAGGUAACUGAAACGAAACUUCAGUGAUUCUCCGAAGCAAGUGACGGGGAAGCUCCGCCGCCUACUUGUGGAUUGGUUCAACAAAGUGUAAGGAGCAGAUGAAACUACUAGCGUAAAGUGAUCAUAAAGAUACUUUCGUUCAUAAAGGAAUGCAGUUGAAUGUGUGCGGUGCCAUAGUCGGAAUCGAGAGCGCCUCUGAGUUCCUGUGUAUUGAUUGUGCGUGUGCUUGGCCAUUCGAAGCGAGAGAUCACGCGUGCUGAACAGUGAAACAUGAUGCGCGGCCGCAGAUAAAUCGAGUGGCAGGAAUGAACGGCUAGAGAUGAUGGACUCGUAGGUUCGGUUUCUUGUUUUUGCGUUCAUUAAAGGUGCAAGAGCAAGAUGGAGAUGAUUUCCGGCCGGGGGCAGGUGCGGAGUGGGAGGGCGGUAGUCGGCCUCGAUGUGGUGAGUCAUACGCUGCCUCGGAGUUUCCGCACGCCCACGACUCAGCCCUGCUGUCCGCCCACGACCCACCAGGAGCUUCCAGAGGACAUCUGCAGCGACCCCGGCUGUGCGGGAUGCCAGCCCGACCUGUGUGCGGGCGAUCCUGACCUUCAGUUCACGGGCGGCUCCCCCUACCCAGCCCACAUCUAUCCUAGUGUCUUAACGAGCGGCUGGGGUGCGGGGGGCGAGGACGACUGCCUCUCUUGCAGCCUGUCCUCACAACCGCCAUGCGUAUGUCCUGACCCUCGCUGCAGCGGAAGCCAGGUGACCCCAUCGCCCUUCUGGGGUCACCACGAGCACCAUGAGCACCGGCAGCAGCAACAACAACAGACUCAAAGCGCGGAGACUGACGUGCAAGUUACGCGCACGGCUUCCGAAUGCACGCUGCCAAAACUCCUUAGCAUAGAGGAGCAACUCACAACCGCCUUGGGUCGACCACCUGACGCCCAAGUGCAAACUCGAUCACACAACCGGAAGAUGCCUCCUGCUUCCCACCGCCUCAGUAGGAGUGUGGAGGAUUUGCCUAAGGAUAUCAAGGAGCACAUCCUCAAGUGCCAGUGUUCGUGUGAUCAUCUUGGCUACGGUAACUUUUCGGCGACUUCGCUCCACACUCUACCGGGUCUCAGCAACGGGUGUUCCUCCAUCAGCACUAAAAACAGCAGCCGAGAGGACCUGUCUCAGGACACGACAGAAAUACGGCAGAAGAACAGGGCAGGCGUGGAGGUCCCUGCUCACGUAUGGGGUGGAGUCUGCCUCGUCCUGGUGCUGGCAGGUGUGGCAGGGGUGGGCGUCUCCGUGCCACUGGCUCUCAGGGUCGACCACAAUGCAAAGUUGCAGGAGAGAUUGUCUUCGGCAACCACGCUGUUGAGAGAGUCGCCGCUUAUUGAUGGGCACAACGACUUACCGUGGAACAUCCGGAAGUUUAUGCACAACAAACUCCACAGCUUUAACUUCACGGCGGAACUGAAAAAGCUUCGUCCCUGGUCUCGGUCCUCGUGGUCUCACACGGAUCUCCCUAGGUUACGACGAGGCAUGGUGGGCGCCCAGUUCUGGGUGUCGUACGUCCCUUGCGAAUCCCAGAGACUCAACGCCGUGCAACUCACAAUUGAGCAGAUCGAUCUUAUCAAGAGGCUGGUUGAUCAGUACCCGGAUGACCUUCGGCUGGCCACUUCUGCUGACGAAGUAGAAGCGGCAUUCACGGAGGGGCGCAUCGCAAGCUUAAUUGGCGUCGAGGGAGGCCACGCCAUACAGAAUUCCCUUGGCGUCUUGCGUGCACUCCGGGACCUCGGUGUCCGCUACCUCACGCUCACACACACGUGCAGCACGCCAUGGGCAGAGAGCGCGCGCGCCCGCGAGACUGACCUUGAAGAUCCAGAUUCCCCCCGAGGCCUCACCCAGUUCGGCAAAACGGUGGUGCGCGAGAUGAACCGCCUCGGCCUCAUGGUGGACCUGAGCCACGUCUCCCAGGCAACGAUGAAGGCAGCGCUCGACGUCUCAAGGGCCCCCAUCAUCUUCAGCCAUUCCUCCGUCUACGCCAUCUGCAAGAACCCGAGGAACGUACCUGAUGACAUUCUGAGACAGGUGGCCAUGAAUGGUGGGAUCGUCAUGGUCAGUUUCUACAAUCAUUUCCUGACUUGCAGUGAACAAGCUACAGUUAAGGACGUUGUAGACCACAUCAACCACGUGAGAAAGAUCGCAGGAAUCAAGCACGUGGGCAUCGGUGCGGACUUCGAUGGUGUCAAUAAGCUGCCCGAGAAUCUGGAGGACGUCUCCAAGUAUCCGCACCUGUUCGCCGAACUCUUGUCUGACCCGACGUGGACGAUGGAGGACCUGAAGAAGCUGGCGGGUCAGAAUCUCUUGCGAGUCAUGAGGGACGUCGAACAGGUCCGCCUCGAGAUGAAACAGCAGAGGGUGCCACCUUUCGAGCAGGAAGUGCCAGCAUCGCAGCUCGUAGGUCUCACCAACUGCUCAUACCAGUUCAUCAAGUCAUCAGAUGAUUCCUAGUGAUUGCGUUCUUAGUCUCUGUUUGUUGUCGUGUGGAAGAAGAGAGUGUAGAUAAUGUUAUGUGAGCUUAGGAGACGAAAUAAAAAA